AUGUCGCUCCAGGAUCAUCUGCGCUCCUACCUCCCCACCGCCUCCACCUCCCGCACCACGCUCGAUGUCGACCACUCGCUCGUGGCGUCGCUUCAAACCCAACUGGACGCCCUCCUCGGCUCUGGCGAGCGAGCAACCGCGCCUGCAAAACCUAAAGACAACCACAAGCCGCGCGCAAGCAGUCUCUGGUCGCAGCUGCGAGCACUCGAUCGCCCAGACCAAUACUCUAGCUCCCACGACGCGCCUCAACACGCCUACGAACCGGAUACAGCUUCGGCAGAGCUGUGGGACCAGGCGGACUACCAUCCCUCACGCUCCUCGUCCGCCGCAAUCGGCGGUGUGGAAGACCAUCUCGCCCACCUCUCGGCUGCAGAUCCACAACUUGCAGAGAGCCUUCGUCAGACCAUCACUUCCAUCCUCUCCUCUUCUCGCUCCGGCGACGAAAUCUCGGCCGAGCUCGCAGAAGCCAUCGGCUUUGAGCAUCUCGAACUCGUAGGAAGCAUCGUCGCCGAUCGUCAAGAUGUACUCGCUGCGCUCCAGUCCCACCACCCCAGCUCCCCCGCACAGAAUGGUGCAAACGGUCUCCACUCCCACCAACCCAUCGAAAUCGCCCUGCCGCAAAGGAAUCAUCAGAACCAUGCCAAUACGCACGACGCCUUCCAUAGCGGCAGCCGUCCUCACAUCCCCGGCUCUCAAGUUAUCGUGCAGACUCAAGAGGAGCGUCAGCAGGCACGCCGAUUCAAGAACGAUCUGCGCAAGGCCAACCGUCAGCGCGCCGAAGAUCCCGCAGACAGCAUCCGCACAUACACUGCAGAGGAGCUCGAACUCAUCCGCGAACAGAGCCUCGCCGCCGCUGCGGAUCGACCGCUCUUCACGAGCGCACCCACUGGCGGCGACCAGGUACGCUAUCCGCACGUCUUUUCGUCAGGCGCACAGGGCAACGUCCUCUCCGUCUUCGGACAGCGCUUCGCACUCCCCCUCGGCACCACCAGAGAGGAGAAGCAAUUCUUCGAAGAGGUCACCAUCCCGCCACCGCGCACCGUCCCCAUGCGCACCGACGAGCGCUACAUCCCCAUCAACGAGAUGGAUCCCAUCUGUCGCGGUGCCUUCCCGGGCUACAAGAGUCUCAACCGACUCCAGAGCGCCGUCUAUCCGCUCGCCUACAAGACCAACGAGAACCUGCUCGUAUGUGCCCCUACCGGCGCCGGUAAGACCGACGUGGCCAUGCUCACCGUCAUGCGUGCCAUCAGUCAGUACGCUCGCAACAUCGAACCCACCGCCGGCAACGCAGACAAGGGCUUCGACAUCCGCAAGAACGACUUCAAGAUCAUCUACGUCGCUCCCAUGAAGGCGCUCGCCGCCGAAGUCGUGCGCAAGUUCAGCAAGCGUCUCCAGUAUCUCGGAAUCAAGGUGCGCGAGCUCACCGGCGACAUGCAGAUGACCAGGCAGGAGAUCGCCGAGACCCAGAUGAUCGUCACCACCCCGGAAAAGUGGGACGUCGUCACGCGCAAGCCCACCGGAGAAGGCGAGCUCGCCACCAAAGUGAGGCUCCUCAUCAUCGACGAGGUGCAUCUGCUCCACGACGAGCGUGGCUCGGUCAUCGAAACCAUCGUGGCACGUACGCUCCGCCUCGUAGAGUCCAGCCAGUCGCUCAUCCGCAUCGUCGGCCUCUCCGCCACGCUGCCCAACUACGUCGACGUCGCCGACUUUCUGCGCGUCAACCGUUGGCAAGGCCUCUUCUACUUUGACUCCUCCUUCCGUCCCGUGCCCCUCGAGCAGCACUUCCUCGGCGUCAAGGGCAAGGCCGGCUCCCAGCAGGCGCGAGCCAACCUCGACAAGGCGUGCUACGAAAAGGUCUCGGAGCUCGUCCAGGCUGGCCAUCAGGUCAUGGUGUUUGUCCACGCAAGAAAGGAGACCGUCAAGACCGCACAGACACUAAGAGAGAUGUUCCGAGAGGAGGCCAUGGGCGACAUUCUCCAGGACUCGGCCAACGAAAACCCGCGCAAGGCCUUCUUCAAGAAGGAGCUCCAGUCGAGCCGCAAUCGAGAGAUGAAGGAGCUCUUCGAUGGCGGCUUUGGCAUCCAUCACGCCGGCAUGCUGCGAUCCGACCGCACCCUCAGCGAGCGCAUGUUCGAGGCAGGUGUCACCAGGGUGCUCUGCUGUACUGCCACACUCGCCUGGGGAGUCAAUCUGCCCGCCUACGCCGUCGUCAUCAAGGGCACCGACGUCUACGACUCGUCCGCCGGCAAGUUUGUCGACCUGUCCAUCCUCGACGUGCUCCAGAUCUUUGGUCGUGCCGGUCGUCCGCAGUACGAGGAUCUCGGCGUGGGCUACAUCCUCACCUCGCACGACCGCCUGUCGCACUACGUCGAUGCCAUCACAUCGCAGCACCCGAUCGAGUCCAAGUUCAUCGGCGGCCUCAUCGACUCGCUCAACGCCGAAAUCUCGCUCGGCACCGUGGCGAGCGUCAGCGACGGCGUCUCCUGGCUCGGCUACACCUACCUCUUUACCCGCAUGAAGCGCACGCCUCUCACGUACGGCAUGACGUACGACGAGGUGGCCGACGACCCGCAUCUGGGCGCCAAGCGCCAGCAGCUCAUCCACGUCGGCGUCAAGAAGCUCGUCGAGGCCAAGAUGGUCGAGCACGACACCGUCACCGAUCGCCUCAAGGUGACCGACCUGGGUCGCAUCGCCGCCAAGUACUACAUCGGUUACCGCACCAUCGAGACGUUCAACGAACGCAUGCGCAGCAACAUGAGCGAAGCCGACGUGCUCGGCCUGCUCAGCCAAGCCGCCGAUUUUGAGCAGAUCGUGCCGCGCGACUCCGAGGAGAAGGAGCUCAAGAAGAUGCUGGAGGCCGCUCCCUGCGAGGUCUCGGGCGGCAUCGAGACGUCGCCGGGCAAGGUCAACAUCCUGCUCCAGGCCUACAUCUCGAGAACAUUUAUCGAGGACUUUGCUCUCGUCUCGGACUCGGCGUACGUGGCUCAGAAUGCCGGUCGCAUCAUCCGGUCGCUGCUCGAGAUCGCACUGAGCCGUCGCUGGGCGACCACCGCAUCGGCGCUCAUCUCGAUGAGCAAAGCCAUCGAGAAGCGCAUGUGGCCCUUCGACCAUCCGCUGCAGCAGUCGCACCUCAAUCCCGACACCAUCUACGCCGUCACCGAGCGUGCCGACGAUGUCGAGAUCGCCGACCUCGCAGAGAUGGCGGCAGCCGAGAUCGCCAAGCUCAUCCGCGUGAAUGCGAGGAUGGGGAGUGCAGUGCGCCAUGCAGCGCGCAGCUUCCCGCGCCUGCACACCUCAGCCUCGCUGCGUCCCCUCAGCCACGACCUGCUGCGCAUCGACCUGCGUGUCGACCGCGCGUUCGAGUGGAGCGAGCGCGAUCUCGGCCGCCUUCACGGCUUCUACAUCUGGGUCGAGGACGAACAGGGCUCGGACAUCCUCCAGUGGCUUACGCAUCUGACCCGCGUCACCGACUCGCACACGUCGAGCGUGACGUUCACGAUUCCUUUGGGCGACUCGUUGCCGUCGGGGCUUAAUGUGCGGUGGAUGUCGGAUAGUUGGCUCGGUAGCGAGGGCAGCGAGUGGAUCCCCUUUGACGACCUUGUCGUGCCCGACAAGCCACCCGCCCACGAGACGCUGCUCGAUCUGCCCUUCCUCCCCGUGCGCUCGGCGCUGCACGACGAGCUCCUGUGCGAGAUGUAUGCGCAGAAGUUCAGCGCGUUCAAUGCGAUCCAGACGCAGAGCUUCCAUACGCUCAUGCACACGUCGGCGAAUACGCUGCUGUGCGGGCCCACGGCGUCCGGCAAGUCGACGGUGGCAGCCAUGGCCGUGUGGCGCGAGCUGCAGCAGUCGCGCAGAGGAUGCAUCAUCGUGCUGCACCACAAGACCGACUUGCUCGCCUCGGCGUUCAAGGAGACGCUCGGCGUUGCGCUCAAGCAGAAAGAGGUCGAGAUGAUGCGCACGUCGCUCUCGAGCAAGGUGGCUCCCUUCGUGUGCAGGGGAAGCGGCGGCGCACGCGUGCUCUUCACCACGCCCAUCAGUCUGCUUCGCGCGCUAAAUGGGCGAGAGGAUCUGGCGAACCACGUGUCGCUGCUGGUGGCGGAAGACAUGCACCUCCUCGAUGCCGGCUACGAACUGGCGCUGGCCAAGUUCAUGUGGUGUGCUGCACGUGCCCGGGCCGCAUCGGACGGCGGCGUCGAGGCUGCCAUGCCGCGCAUCGUGGCGACAAGUGCGAGCCUCAACGAMGCUCGCUCGCUGGCGCAGUGGAUCGGUGCCGACGAGCUGUCGACGUACAACUUCCAUCCGAAGGACCGGCCGUCGAUCCUGACCACGAGCUUCCAGGCGUUCGACCUGCCGCAUUCGAGCGGCCUGCUCAAGGCCAUGAUCAAGCCGGCGUUCGACAAGAUGAAGGAGAGCCGGGCGCUUGGACCCGCCAUCGUGGUGGUGCCUUCGGUGUGGCAGUGCUUCACGGUGGCUUCGGACCUCAUCACCAAGGCGGCGGCGGAGAUGGACACCAACGGCUACCUCGGCUUGCCGUCCGAGGAGAUCGAGUCGAUUCUGCCGCACGUGCUCGACACGUCGGUGCACGAGGCUCUCGUGCACGGCAUCGGCAUCGUGCACGAAAAGACGGUGCGCGAGGACCGUGCGCUCAUCGAGCACCUCUACGAGCAAGGUCUCGUCAAGGUGCUGCUCACCACGCGUGACUGCCUGUGGAGCACCACACUCAGAGCGGCACUCGUGGUGGUGAUGAGCACGCAGUACGUGCGCAUCACCAAGGCGGGCAAUACGGGCGCUUCCGACCGCGAGCUGGUCGACUAUACGCUCGCCGAGCUCGGCAGGGCGCAGAGCCUGGCCGUCCGUCCGGGGACGCUGUCGGAGCCGCAUCCGCCCGGCGAGUGUCUGGUGCUGUGUCAGACGGACAAGGUGGACAUGCUCGACAAGAUGUUGCGCAUGGGCAUGCCGCUGCACUCGUCGGUGCUGCAGGACGAUCGUCGCAGCGAGCCGCUGCUGCCCAUCGUGCUGGGCGAGAUGGUGGAGGGCGUCCUGCAGAGCGAGGACCAAGUCAUGGAUCUGCUCAGCUGGACCAUGCUUCCCGCCGAGCUGCUGCGCAAUCCGACGUACUACGACUGCUCUGCCAGCGACGCCGCUUCGGUAGCAGCUCGCCUGACCCAAGUGUCGGACGCGCUUCUGACGACGCUGCGUGAUCUGCGACUCGUCGAGAAGAAGCCGGAACAGGGCAGAGGCGGCAGGGCGGAGGAUCUGCGGGCUACCGAUCUCGGCCGUGCGCUCCACCUGCAGCCGGGCUCGACGCUGCUGCACGUGGUGCGCUGGUUCAACAAUCUCGCCGCCAAGCCGAGCCGGGCUGCCAAGGAGAUGGACACGUUUGUGCCGUCGCACCGCAACCGCCGCGACACGGAUCCGAUCGACCACAAGCCAGAGCGCGAGGUGCUCGAGGCCACGCUGACUCUGGUGCCUCCCGAGUGGCGCACUGCAUUCCGCCUCUCUUCUCCCGGCAAGGCCGAGGAGAAGGAGUCGGCGGAUGCAGCGGCGGAGGAUGGUGCAGCGGCCGAGGCGAGCAUCAAGGAUUGGACGCAUGGGCUCAAACACCGUCUGCUGCUGUGCAUGUACUUUGCGCGACUCGAUUUCAUCACGCCUGCCACCGCAGCGUUUUUGGGCUUGAGCAGGCGCGCUCGGAAGAGGCAGCAGCAAGAACAGGGGCACGACCAAAGCGAAGAUGCACAGCAGCACGCCUCGGAAUCCAGCGCGGCGGGAGAGGCAGAUGUCCAUGCGCAGGCUAUCGCCAAGCUCGAGACCGAGAUGGAGGCGGACUUGCUGGCGCUCAUGAGCUCGAUCAGCAGUGUGGGUGGUAGAAAUUAG